GUCGGCAUCGGUGCUCGGUCGAACGCACCUGCCCCCCCCCCAAGGAGCGGUCGUCCCUUGGGGGGUUCUGAACCCACAGAGAUCUAUCACGGAGUAGGGAUCGCGCUGGUGAUACCUUCAGACGUUGUGUGGGAUAAGAAGAAUCUGAAUCUGAAAUGAUAAUCACGAUUCUCACACUCAGUGAUGAAAGAAGACACCUGGAACCAAAUAUCGCGGCCUGCAUGCAGCCUGCAGGCGCUCUCUCCGCGAGGAAGAGAUCUGGCCCUCUCACGCCUCGAGCCGGGAUGGGCGAUGGGCACGGCAGACUGAAAGGAGGGAGGGGCGAUACCUGACCCUCUCCUGCUGCACGACAUUCAGUCACGAAGCAAAGAAAUAUCGUGCCGGCGAUCGCAUAGUCGAUGGGAACAGAUGAUGUGUGUCCAGCGCCCUCACCGAUGAGAUCGAGGAUGCUUGCCUCGUGCGAAUCGAUCUCGUCUCGCAGCUACUGGAUCAUGAACUGGUAGUUGGCAAUCUCCUCUCGAGGCUCACUAAGGGUUCUUGUGCUCGAGGGGGGUGGACCGAUCUCGCUCUCUCCAGCGAUCUGGUGCAGGCGCAGCUGCUCGAUGACCUCUUUCGCUGCCGCGUGGUCUCCUGGCCCCGUCUCGUCGGACGUGUCCUUGCCGAGGGCGGCCUGCCUGCGGGCGCUCAUGUUGGUCGCGAUUCAGUCGCCACUUCUGCUUCCCCCAAAACAGUUUGAUCGCGCCAGACGCCUGCCAGCUAGCGUUGGUGAGCCCGUCGGCAACCUGCGCGCGCGAGUGGACCCGCAGGACCACAGUCUUGCCCUCGUCGAGGUCGUCGCGCGGGGCCGGUGCUUCGAUGGCCGCGCAUGCUUCCUCGAGGCCGAAUCCAGCCGACUGAGAUCGCACCGCGCCGUCGCAGAAGACAUUGCAGUCCGUCGCGAACACGGCCGGCGCCUCCCGCUGUCUCCGCGCGGUCGCGGAGGGGCGACAUGAUGUGGAAGAACUCGAAGAAGACGGGGACCGCCAUGCGUUACUCCCCUUCCGCGUCGCCAACUCGCCAGCUUCUCGAACUUCAGUUGCCAGACUCGAACGGGCCACUCGUCGUUGAUUGCGGGGCCCCCAAUCGAGCGGGGUGAACUCGGCCGUCUCGCCAUCCGUGGCCUUCGUCGCCGCGAUGGCGGCCAGGCGGUCGCCUUGCGAGCGUCCGCCUGGACGGUUUGCCUGGGCGGCGUCGCGCCGGGCAAACGGGGCCAGGUCAGUGAGGUCGAGCCGAUGGAUCUGGUGGCCUAUGUGCUGAUGUUGCGUGAUGAGCUUCGCGAUGUCGUCAGGGGGAGGUCUCCUCGCCGCCGGGGAUAGUCGCCUUCAGCGCCAAGGCCAGUAGCAGCGCCGACGCCACCAUGGCCCCAGGCACGUGUCGCGUGAGUGGCGGCAUGCAUGGCUCAGCCCCGCUCGGCUCGGACCAACGCAAAUACGAUCUUGACGGUCCGACGACGUCGGCAGACUCGUGGGAGGCACGACUAGCCU